ACCAAGAAGUUGGUAACUUGCAUCAAUAUUGAAAUAAGAAAGUGGGCAAUAUACUUAAAUUGUGAUAUAUCAACUAACCUCUCCUAUUAUCCACGACAGAAAAUUGAAAAAAUCGGCAAAAUGACGCAAAUGUCGCAGGACGAAAUAAUAACCAAUACAAAAACAGUAUUGCAAGGCCUCGAGGCAUUGCGAGUGGAACAUGUUUCGAUUAUGAAUGGCAUUGCUGAAGUGCAGAAGGACAAUGAAAAGUCGGAUAUAUUAAGAAAGAACAUCGAAAAUAUUGAACUCGGUCUAAGCGAAGCUCAGGUUAUGAUGGCCCUCACAUCGCAUCUGCAGAACAUCGAAGCCGAAAAGCAGAAGCUGAAGACACAAGUGCGGCGCCUGCAUCAGGAAAACGCCUGGUUGCGCGAUGAGCUGGCCAAUACCCAACAGAAGUUUCAAGCGUCCGAACAGUUGGUGGCUCAGCUGGAAGAAGAAAAGAAGCACCUUGAGUUCAUGGCCUCUGUGAAGAAGUACGAUGAGAAUCAGGACCAGGAUGACACAUGCGAAAAGAGUCGAACGGAUCCUGUGGUUGAGCUCUUUCCCGAUGAAGACAAUGAGGAUAGAAAUAAUAUGUCUCCCACUCCUCCGAGCCAGUUUGCAAACCAAACUUCAGGAUAUGAAAUUCCAGCACGCUUGCGAACGCUUCACAAUCUGGUUAUUCAAUAUGCAUCGCAGGGCAGAUACGAGGUGGCCGUUCCUCUCUGCAAACAAGCAUUGGAAGAUCUCGAAAAGACCAGUGGCCACGAUCAUCCUGAUGUUGCGACUAUGCUGAACAUUUUGGCUCUUGUGUAUAGAGAUCAGAAUAAGUACAAGGAGGCUGCGAACCUACUGAAUGACGCAUUGUCUAUUAGGGGAAAAACUCUUGGAGAGAAUCAUCCUGCCGUUGCUGCCACUUUAAAUAAUUUGGCAGUGCUCUAUGGCAAACGUGGGAAGUACAAAGAUGCUGAACCCCUGUGUAAGCGUGCCUUGGAAAUUCGCGAAAAAGUUCUAGGAAAGGACCAUCCAGAUGUUGCCAAGCAACUUAAUAAUCUCGCUUUGCUCUGCCAAAAUCAAGGCAAAUACGACGAAGUCGAGAAAUAUUAUCAAAGAGCGCUAGACAUCUAUGAAUCAAAGCUUGGCCCAGACGAUCCCAAUGUGGCCAAGACAAAAAAUAACUUGGCUGGCUGCUAUUUAAAGCAAGGAAGGUACACAGAAGCGGAAAUUCUCUACAAGCAGGUUCUGACUAGGGCACAUGAACGGGAAUUUGGAGCGAUUGAUAGCAAAAAUAAGCCUAUCUGGCAGGUGGCCGAAGAGCGUGAGGAGCACAAAUUUGAUAAUAGGGAAAACACACCAUAUGGCGAAUAUGGUGGAUGGCAUAAAGCUGCGAAAGUGGACUCUCCCACAGUUACAACCACUCUAAAAAAUCUGGGUGCACUAUACAGGAGGCAAGGCAUGUUUGAAGCUGCUGAAACCCUGGAAGACUGUGCAAUGCGAAGUAAAAAAGAAGCCUACGAUCUAGCUAAACAAACUAAAGUCUCACAACUUUUAACAUCAAACGAAAAACGACGAUCAAAGCAAAUUAAAGAAGAUAUGGAUUUCUCAGAGGAGAAAAAUGGCAAACCAUGAAAAUAUUAUUCGUUUCGUCGAAACUGGAAUCUUUAUGUUUAUGAUUAAAAUUUAAUAAAAAACACACUUUAUUUAUUCAUUCCUUAAUAUACCUAAGUUAUUUUCCCAAGCAUAUUUUUAGCAAAUAAACAAAGUUUUAUACCUUGUUGUAUCGAAAAAUA